AUGCAUGGAGUUAAGGACCAGAGGAUAAGGUCGUGCCUUAGGUCAGGUCACUGGCAAAGGUGUGGGCAGAGGAGUCCUACUGCAUCCGCACGGAGGCAGCGAGUCACUGUGACUGCGGAUCAUGUCGAUGAGCCAGUCAUCCCUGACCCAGAUGUUCAGGAUGACCCGAUGGAGGCACCAGCUGUUGUGGAGGACAUUCCUACGGACAUUUCUGCGAACGCAGGCGCAGAGGCGGCUGAGGAUCAGCCUCAAGGAUUUCCGGGUGGUCAGAGCGACCCAUCUGUGUUGACAGCGUAUGCGGAUCACAUUGCUUGCAGCGUAUGGACGGGAGAGGAGUGUCCUGAAUUGAAGCUAUCCUCUCAUGGGAGGAAGGUCCACAGUUUAGGCAGGUCUGUCCCUGCCAUUGAGGGACUUAUUGCUGGUACAGGACUAAGUCCUCUGAUCGCGUGUUCGGUAGACACCGGCGAUCGGGGACUUUUGUCUGCGUUUGUGGAGCGGUGGCACCGGGAGACGUCUAGUUUCCAUCUCCCGGUGGGAGAGCUCACCAUCACAUUGGACGACGUCUCCUCUCUUAUCCAUCUUCCCGUUAUUGGCGACUUACACGCAUUUCAGUCCUUGCACGUGGACGAUGCGGUUCAGAUGCUGGUGGACUUGUUGAUGGUCAUUGGACAGCUGCGGCUCACGCAUAUCUUCUUCACUUACUGGGUUGCUAACAAGAGUGCAACCAAUGUCCAUGUUGUCUACUUGGAGGCCCUUCGUGACCUCAGUAUGACAAAGAGGUACGCCUGGGGAGUGGCUGCUUUGGUUCAUAUGUAUGACCAGCUGAACGAUGCAUCUAUGAGCCACAAUCGACAACUUGGCGGUUACAUCACACUGCUGCAGUGCUGGAUUUACGAGCACUUUCCCUCGGUUGCGGAGUCCACCGCUGAUUAG